AUGCAUAAACAUAAACCAGACCCAAUCAAGAUCCGGGAAAGAGAUCUACGACAAAAGACUCGAGAAGUAAGAAAGGAAGAGAUAGAAAAGGAAAAGUUAGAAGAACAGCAACAACAAAUCUUAGAAACAAUAUUAAAGAAGUACGACAAAGACGAUAAACAAAUUCAAGUACCCGAGUCAAGCAACUCGGCAGAAGACAAAGAAGAACCAAAUAUUGAAGAUGUCCCAGAGUUUGAGCCGUUUGAAGAGGCAAAAUUCACAGCACCAGAGUUUUACUCGUAUCCUAAUUCACCAGAAGAACAACUUAUCCAACAAAGUCUACAACAACAAAUGGCAAUCAUCAAUCCAACGACAGCUAUAGGGAACAUGAUUUCCUAUCCCAUUUUUACCAGUGGAAAAACUGAAGAUGCAAACCAGCAUCUUAAACAAUUUGAUCAAAUUGUAAAGAUGAACAAACAGAAAAUGCAUCGAGAAAUACUUUUCCCAUACACACUUAAAGGAAAAGCCCUCGAUUGGCACAACACACUCGAUGAUGCGAUGACCCAUGAUGAAAAGAUCACACAAUUUAAAGAACAAUUCCAGACUGGAGGAACUCAAGAAGAACACUAUGAGAUCAUCAAGAACUUCAAACAAAAACCACGUGAAGGUUACAAUUACAACCAGCGACCUGCACCACAACAAGAUAAUCGAUCUCGGCAACCUUACCAAAAUGCAAAUCGUGAAAAUAACCAAGUCGUAAACAAUCAAGCUCCAAGAGCAAGACCACCUGCAGCACGGAAUGUUGAGGUCGAAGUCGAAGACUCACAAACUUAUGAAGAACCAGCAAUACGAGCAAUCACGAGACAACAAUACAAGUAUCAACAACCAGAUAAUUUGGAAGAACAAGAUCACGAUGAUGAACUGGAAAUUAUCCCAGAAACCGAAUGGAAGAAAAGCAAGAAAAUACUUAAAGCAAUUCAAGCUGAAUUGCAAGCACAAGAUCCAGAAACAAUCAAAGAACACGACAAACAAUCAAACAAUCAAGAAACAAGAAGUUUUACCCAAGAGGAGCUGGUACCUGUUCAGCAGAAAGAAAAGUUUCAUGUGGAAGAGCAAGCUGAAGCAAGGUUGAAGCAAAACCUGGUGGAAGAUGAACAGCCUGAUCAGAUUGAGCAACCAGCAGAAGAAGACGAAGACCUGCAGUGGAUAAGGGAGUUUCAGAUGCAGGAACUUGAGGUGGUGCUUCCGAAGUUUUGUGAGCAGACGGAGCAGAAGAAAAAUUCAGUGCCAGAGUUUGACGUGGAACAGGCAGCAGCUGGUCAAGCUGGCUUGGAGCAGAAAGCUGUUGUGAAGAAGAAAGAAGAAGAUGUUAGACAACAAAGAGGUGUAGAAGUUCAGAACCUUGUGGAGCAGCCAUCAAGAGGAGCCGUAUACCCAGGCCAAAGUUUGAACUUGAAGGUGGCUGGUGUGAAGUUGGUGAAGAGACGAGGAAGUGUGUUUCUCAGAUCACAAGACUUUGAGGAAGCAGUUCAGACUUAUGAAGAGGAGGAAGAGGAGGAGGAGCCACAUGAGGGAGCAGCUACCCACGAUGCAGCAAUGGAGCAGUGA